AUAUGGCCCGGCCCGAUGGUGGUAAUCCACCCACAAUAGUAUACCGCAUAUACCGAGGAGGUUUCUCGUUUCUCACGCCUCGUCGCCCGCCUGCCCUCGUCUCCCUCGUCGUGCUUCGCCGUCCUCUAUCCUUCUUCGUCAGUCGCUAUCGUUUUUCGAAGUAUUCGGUACAGGGAAAAUUGUCAUGAAGAACCAAAAGAAGCAAGUGAUUGCAAGCAUUCAACUUAUUUUGUCUUGCCAAUUCAAAGAAGGAUUGUAGUGCUCUACUUCAACAAACAUCAAUCAGCCAUUCUUUAUUCUCCGAGAAAACCACACCAAAUUUGUCAAACCCAGGUGAAAGCAUUGCAAGAAAGGAGCCACAUAGUGGAAAUGAGUUGAAUCAACAAAAUGAAGGACAUCACUAUGUUUCAAGAGAGAUCUACAAGCCCCGGCAUGCCGCCGCCGCUGAUGAAUCGUCGGAUUCAGAAUCGGACUCUUUCGUGGACGCGAUGGUGACGAAUUUCAACACCACCUCCGCCGUCAAGCCUCCCCCGAUGGGCCUGGCCGUGAAUCUCUCCCUCACCUACCGCUCCACCACGAAUCCGUGUCUGGAUUUCUUCUUCCAGGUCGUACCCGGCAGCGACCCCGACACGAUCCGUAAGCAUCUCCGGCUAGCUUGGGAUCACGACCCCCUGACAACUCUCAAGCUCAUCUGCAACCUCCGCGGGGUCCGGGGAACCGGGAAAUCGGACAAGGAAGGGUACUACACGGCGGCGUUGUGGCUUCACGGGCUCCACCCCAAAACCCUAGCUUGCAAUUUGCGGCAAAUCGCGAAAUUCGGCUACUUCAAGGACCUUCCGGAGCUUCUCUACCGGCUUCUCGAAGGCCAUGAUGUUCGAGAGAAGGCAAAAACGGCGCACGAGCUCGUAAAGGGAAGACGGAAACUUACACGCCGCAAAAGAAGACAUAGCCGUGCUCAGGAUGAUGAGGAGGAGGAGAAGAAGAAGGUUCGAUUGACAGAGGCCCAAAGGGAAACCCGGAUUUUGGAGAACCAGAGGAAGCAUAUGGCUGAAAAGGAAGCCGCAAAACUUGCAAGAGAAAACAACAAAAAGGAAAAAUCCAGAAAGGCCAUCCUCAGAUACAAACAUGAUCCAGACUACAGAUACUUGCACGAUUGCAUCUCCGAUCUCUUCUCUGAGUUUCUGAAGAAAGAUUUGGAAUCACUGAAACAGGGCUCUUACCGUAUAAGCCUGGCUGCGAAAUGGUGCCCUUCCCUCAAUUCCCCAUUUGAUCAAUCCACUCUGCUAUGCGAAAGCAUUGCGAGAAAGAUUUUUCCCAAAGAAGAGCACCCUGAGUAUCUAGGGAUCGAAGACGCGCAGUAUGCGUACCGGGUGAGGGAUCGGCUGAGGAAGCAAGUCCUUGUUCCCCUACGCAAUGCUCUUCAAUUGCCGGAGGUUUACAUGGGUGCCAAAAACUGGAGUUCCCUUCCCUACAACAGAGUCCCUUCGCUUGCUAUGAAGGUGUAUGAGAAGAAAUUCUUGAAGCAUGACAAGGAGCGCUUUGAGGGGUAUCUUGAAGAUGUGAAAUCAGGAAAGGCCACAAUAGCAGCUGGCGCGCGCCUUCCUCAUGAGAUCAUUAAAUCUGUGAGGGAAGAUGGGUCUGGAAGUGCAGUUGCUGAGGCGCAGUGGAGGAGAAUGGUUGAGGAUCUGAGCAGAAAGGGGAAGCUAAGCAAUUGUCUUGCCAUUUGUGAUGUUUCGAGUUCCUGGGGGAGAGGGAGGAGGGGGAAGACGGAUGUGAAUCUUGUGAGCUUGGCGCUGGGCCUUUUGGUCUCUGAGUUGAGCGAAGAGCCAUGGAAGGGGAAGCUGAUCACCUUCAGCACAACCCCAAAGCUGCGCACGAUCAAGGGCGAAAGCCUUCAGUCCAAGGUUGAGUUCAUGAAGAAGAUGAAAUCCGAAAGGACCGCAGAUCUCCAGAAGGUGUUUGAUGCAAUCCUUGAAGUUGCAGAGAUGGCGAAACUGAGGGAGGACCAGAUGAUCAAGAGGGUGUUUGUGUUCAGCGGCAUGGAGUUCAACCAGGCGUUCAUCUCUCUCUCUCAUUACGACGUCUACUCUCGCCAGUGGGAAACAGAUUACAAGGCAAUCGAGAGGAAGUUCAGGGCGAAAGGGUACGAGAAUUGCAUACCGGAGAUGGUGUUUUGGAACCUGAGAGACUCCAGGUGCACGCCGGUGGUGGCGAAACAGAAAGGAGUGGCAUUGGUCAGCGGCCGCUCUAAGAACAUGCUCAAGACCUUCUUGGAAGAUGAGGGUUUAAUCAAUCCUGUUGCCAUCAUGGAGUCUGCCAUUUCCGGGGAAGAGUACUCCAAUCUUGCUGUCUUUGAUUGAUCAAUCAAAACCCAGAACCCAAAUAUAAUAGUACUCCAAUAAUCUUGUCCUGGGUUUCAUUUGAACACAAAUAAGACAGUGGGUAGGUAUCCUUUCUAUUCCUGUUUCCAGUUCUUCUGCUGCAAUAAUGGCAUGAAUAUGAGAAUAUAUUAAUAGUCAUUUU